AUGUCAGAACUUAAGAACGCUAAAGAUGCACUUGUUGCAUCCCUUUUUGAACUUUCUAAAGCUGCACAAGAUGCAGCAACCGCAACUGUCAAUUUUUACAAGGCAUCGUCAAAUGAAAACCUUAAUGGAGAAUCAUUAAACAGUUUAGCGUCUACAUUGAACAAUAUUGCUACUAGCACAUCUGCUGCUGUUCCAGAAGUGGAAGAAGCAUCUUCUCCAGUGGCAUCUGCUGGUGCUGCUUCUGGUGCUCUGGCCACUAAUGGUGGUGAUUCACAACCAGAAGAAAAGAAAAAGAGAAAGAAGGUUGAAAAAGAUCCUAAUGCACCAAAGAAACCAUUAACGAUUUAUUUUGCCUACUCAUUCUACACGCGUGAUCAAAUCCGUCAAGAAAGAGCCAAGCAAGGUUUGAGUCCUUUAUCGGCCUCCGAAUUGAACGAGAUCAUCAAGGAACGUUGGAGCUCGAUCAGUCCUGAAGAAAAGUCUAAAUGGCAAAGCAAGUAUCAAAAUGAAUUGCAGCAAUACAAUAUCUUGAGGGAUGCAUACAAGGCUGGUAAGCCAGAUGUUGGCCAAAUCGAACCAAAACCAAUUGAACAGAUUACCGUUCCUACUAUUGAGCCUGUAAAGAAGGCUAAAUCUGAAUCAAAGAAACGUAAAUCCGAAACAAAGAAACUGGAUGAUGCUGAAAAAUCUGACAAGACUGAAAAGGAACCUAAAAAGUCUAAAAAGUCUAAGAAAUCAGAAAAAUCGGAAAAAUCCUAG